AACCUGUGGAAAUGAUUCUACUUGAUUUGGGUGUUGUGACUACCACCCAAACCCUCCCUCUCACCCUUUUCUUCAUCUCUCUUUCCCUCUCUGCCUCCUGCGAGUGCUACCAAAAGCUGCUUCCGAAACCCUAGAUUAUCCGAACCUCCUAAAUUCCACAAUUACCUGAGCUCCUCUCCCUCUCUAUCUCCCUCUUUACUACCUUGGCUUUGUAUCUUCGGACCUCCAAUCCAGUUUGCGUCGGUGUGUGUUUGUUUGUCUAGCUCGAUUGGAUCUUCCUUCUCUCUCUCUCUCUCUCGCUCUCGCUCGCUCAAUCUCGCGACUCAUUAAUGGGGGAAGGCAAGCUCGAUCUUCCGGACGAUCUCGUCUCAUCUAAGCCUUCCGAUCAUUCCUGGACCUUCAAAGGAGAAGCUUCUGAAGGGAAUGAAGAGGACAAGGCACUUAUGGGGUUGCCUGAUGAGUUGAAAGAUCAGGUGGCAUCAGAAAGUAGCAUACCUCUGUCACCCCAGUGGCUUUAUGCCAGACCAACUGAGCCUAAGAUGGAAAUGCGUGCUCCAACUUCUGCGUCUUUUGGAAACCCUACUGACCCCAACCAUAAAGAGGGCUGGCGCUUGGAAGGAUCUGAGGACAGGAAAGAUUGGAGGAGGACUGUCACUGACAAUGAAAGCAGCCGUCGCUGGCGUGAGGAGGAAAGAGAAACUGGCUUACUCGGUGCUAGAAGAGAUCGCAGGAAGGCCGAACGCCGUGUUGACAACACCCCAGUCAGAGAAACAGGUGAAAGUAGAGCAUUGCCUACCUCUGAUCGGUGGCAUGAGGGUCGUACUUCUGGGCAUGAAACACGGCGUGAUAAAUGGUCAUCUAGAUGGGGCCCUGAAGACAAAGAUAAGGAUUCUCGAACUGAGAAGAGGACAGAUGUAGAAAAGGAAGAUGCUCAUAGUGACAAUCAAUCUUUUGUUAGCAGCAACCGUUCAGCUUCUGAGCGUGACUCUGAUUCUCGUGAUAAGUGGAGGCCACGCCAUAGAUUGGAGGUUCAUUCUGGUGGUUCAAAUGCCUACCGUGCAGCACCUGGAUUUGGACCUGAGAGAGGACGAGUAGAGGGUUCAAACUUGGGAUUUAAUCUUGGAAGAGGAAGGUCAAAUGCUGUUGGGAGAGGUUCAUCAGCAGGUCCUGUUGGCGCAGCUCAUUUUGACAAAUGUGAAAGUGUCCCUGGGAGACCAAGUGACUCAAUUAUUUCUUUUUUGUACCCAAGGGGAAAGCUUCUUGACAUAUAUCGGAGGCAAAAGCUUGGUCCAUCUUUUACUACCAUGCCAGCUGAGAUGGAGAAGUUACCCCCUAUUACUGAAGUAGGUCUUAUUGAACCAUUGGCUUUUGUCGCCCCCGAUGCUGAAGAGGAGGCCAUCCGUGGUGAUAUAUGGAGGGGAAAGAUCACAAGUAGUGGGAUGAUGUACAGUUCAAAUAGGAAGGGAAGAUCGACAGAAAAUUUAACAGAUGCUGAAGAAUUAGACUCAACUGAACAAAAUCAGGGCUUCUUGCCCUCAAUUCUCACUGAAGAGGUUGUUGAUAAUUCGCAUGAAGCUGCAAUUGAGGACGUAUAUCAAGCUGAUGAUGGUGGUACCUUAUUGAAAUAUGUCUCAGAGAGGAAAAUGGUAGAUGAAAGAUAUGCAGCAGAAGAUAAAAUUACUGGAGCAAUUCAUGGGUUGGCCCCUAAGUUUUCAGAAAGUAAUGGUGUCCAUGGUGUCUUGGAGAUUGAUGGUGCUCAGCAUGGUCCUUCUCUGAUCAAUGUUGGUGAAAGAUGGCAGACUGCAGACUCUGACUUUACUGUGCAUGCUCAGUUUGAUGCCAUUAAGUUCCCCACUUCACUUGACAUCAGAUCCAAGCUUCCUGGCGAUUCAAGUUCUCUCUUUGUUUUGCCUUCUCCUGAGCAGAAUCAAAGUGGCAGCACUGACAAGAAUGACUUAGAAAGGGUAACCCCGCAUGAGGAGUUAAGUUUGUACUACAUUGAUCCUCAAGGGGUGACCCAGGGACCAUUUGUUGGGGCUGACAUUGUUUUAUGGCUUGAACAAGGAUUUUUUGGGACAGACUUGCUGGUCCGCUUUGCAGACGCUCCUGAGGGAACACCUUUCCAAGAAUUAGGUAAACUCAUGCCUUAUCUGAAGGUCAACAACGGAUAUGCCAAUAGCACAGAAACAAACACUCAGUUAGAGCUAUGCGAAGAGUCAGAGGCUAGUUUAACUGCUCCUGCUUCUAUUUUGAAAAGCAAUUCAUCUGCAGUAAAUGACCUUUGCCAGAUGCUGCCUGAAUUCAAUAGCAUUUCUGCUCAGCCUGUUCAGUCAAGAGUAUCUGAGCCUCAGGUCUCAUUGCAACUGCCUCAUUCUGAGGGUCAACGCUUUCCUAAGUUUAAUACACAAGAAGAAGAAAUUGUGUUUCCAGGAAGACCAGGAAACACUGGAUAUUCUAUUGCAAAAUCUAGUGGGAGCAAUCAUCAUUCUGAAAAUUCUUUCACCCGUCCUCUUCUGAAUGAAUUGACAGAACCUGGAGUACCAAAUCAAAAUGAUAAUAAGUUGCAUCCCUUUGGCUUACUCUGGUCUGAACUUGAAGAUCAUACAAAAAAUACGAAGCCAUCCAUUCGGUCGAGCAUGGGAAGGGAUGGUCCGUUUGGUGCCAUGGCUGAUCCAGCUCUUCCUACAGAGACGUGGUCUGAUGUUUAUAGAAAAAAUACACUUCCUGACCCCAACUUGUAUCAAGAUGCCAUGGCUGCUCGUCAUUUGUCACUGAUGGAGCAGGAAUCCAACCAUUUUGAUUUAGCAGAGCAGCUUAUGGCACAACAAUUUCAUCAGCAGCAACUCCAACAGAGAAAUUUGUUGUCUCAUGCACAUUUAAAUGAAUCGGUUUUAGAACAUGUGCCUAGUCAGAAUCUUAUACACCACCAACAUGUGGCCAACCUUUCUGCACCGGAUUUGGAUCAUCUUUUGACUCUUCAGUUGCAACAGCAGCGGCAGAUUCAGCUCCAACAACAUCAUCAAUUGCAGCAACAGCAGCAGUUUCAUCAACAGCAAAAGCUUUUGCAGGAGCAACGGCAAUCUCAAGUCCAGCAGGUGCUUCUUGAACAGUUUUUACGUAGUCAAUUGCACGAUCAAGGGCUUGGGCAGUCACAUGUAGAUCCUAUCAGAGCCAACAAUGUUCUUGAUCAGGUUUUAUUAGAACAACACCUUCUACACGAACUGCAACAACAAUCUCAUCAUCCUUUAAGGCAUAUUGAUCCAUCUUUAGAUCAACUUAUUCGAGCAAAAUUCAAUCACAUGCCACAACAAGAUCGUCAGAGAGAUUUACUUGAACUUAUAUCACACACACAGCAUGGACAGAUGCCGUCACUGGAGCAACAGCUUCUUCAACAAGACCAGCUGCAGGCUCGGCAGUUACUGGGAUUGAGGCAGCAGACAGGUAUUGAGGGGGAGAGGCAUAUUGGUUCCAUAUGGCCAGCAGAUGAAUCUGAUCAGUUUCUCAGCAGUCAUGCUGCUUCUCACCGUGCUCAUUCUUCAGGGUUUGGCCCAUUGGAUGUUUAUCAGCGGCCAUCCCACGAGGAGCAUCUGAAUCAUCUUGAGCGGAAUGUUUCGUUACAGGAGCGCCUUCGGCAAGAGCGUUUUGACCCUGCCUCAAUGCAAUUUGAGCGGUCAAUGUCUUUGCCUGCUGGUGCUCCAGGGAUGAAUCUGGAUGUUCUAGCUAUGGCCCGUGCUCAUGGUUUAGAUAUGCAAGAACCAAGUACACGUAUGCAAUCUAAUGCUCAAGUGGGUCCAUUUUCAUCUAGUAUCCACCCUCAUAAUCCCCACCAUCUUUUGGUUCCCAAUCAAUUUCAUGCCCCGCAAUUGGAUGCAAUUGAGGGCCGCUGGCCUGAGAACAAUGAGCAGCUAGAGAAUGACUGGAUGGAAUCUCGGAUUCAACAACUGCAUAUUAAUGCUGAGCGACAGAAAAGGGAGUCAGAAGCUAAAAGAACUUCUAAAGAUGCAUCCUUAUGGAUGUCGGAUGGGUUCAAUGAUGAGAAGUCAAAACAAUUGUUGAUGGAACUACUUCAUCAGAAAUCAGGUCAUCAAUCUACAGAGCCAUUAGAUGCAGGCAAGGAAACAAGGGCACCAUCUGGCCUUUAUUCUGGGUCAGGCUACUUGGAUCACCCAUUCAGUGUUCGUCUAGACCAAGAAGCAGGUCUGACCAAAUCAUUUCAAGUGGGCUCUUAUGGUUCUCAUUCAUUUGAACCCCUGCAGGAUGAGCGGGCCAGCAGAGAAACCAUGCCAUUUAGAUCUGAUUCUGGAGCAUUGAUUGAGGGAGAGUCACACUUGGCAGGCAUCAAUGAGAUUGAUCAGGCAAUUUACAAAAACUCUAACAUGUUUGGCAGGUCAUCUACGAGCCACGAGUUCUCAGAGGCUGACGGGAGGAAGUAUGGGUCCAUAAGUGAGGGUUUGGGAAAGGGUCCGAUUUUCGAGAUUCAAGAAGGCAUGGUUGAGCAAGCUGGUUUGUCUGCUCUAGAUCGUGGGGAGAUUUCAUUUAAUACCCUUUGCAGGCAAUCAUCAAUUGGUACUGCAAAAGGUGGGAAAACAGGCUUCUACAAUGAUAAGAUUGGAUCUGGUAAUUCAUUUGUGGAGGAAAUAUCUAAUGAGCGGGUGCCUGUUCCAUCCAAAGGGCCAGAGAACAUCUUGCUGAGACGUCCUCCUGUCUCCCACAACUCAUCAUCACAGGAAGGAUUGUCUGAGCUGGUCUCAGAUCCAGUAAUGAGAGGGAAAAUUUCUACAAGUGGUGCUGCCGAUGGAGGUAGACGAGACCCAGGUGUGAAUUUAGUAAACCAAGGUUCGGACAUCAUGGCAUCUGGCAAGAAAGACAUGCGUUUUCGGCGUACUUCUUCUUACGGGGAUGCUGAUGUUUCAGAGGCGUCAUUUAUAGAUAUGUUAAAGAGUAAUGCCAAAAAGACACUUCCGGCAGAGGCUCAGUCAACGGCAGGAUUUUCAGAGACAACAGAUGGGACACAAGGGGGACGAAGUGGAAAAAAGAAGGGAAAGAAAGGGAGGCAAAUUGAUCCUGCACUCCUUGGUUUUAAAGUCACCAGCAAUCGCAUCAUGAUGGGUGAAAUUCAACGCAUAGAGGAUUAGCCCCUUUUAAGAUUUGUAUUUUCUUUCUGUUGUGCAUUUUUUAGAAGUUGUAUAGGUUCAAAGCCCUUGGUAUAAAAGCUUCUGCCAAAGAAAAUUCUUUCAUUCUUACAGGGUGUGCGGUCACUGGUGUAGUGACGGGUUUUAGUUCUGUACAGACUAACAAGGUUUAUAAAGGAAAUCUUCCAUCA